CCUUCUUCGGACUUCAUCGCAGGUAUUAAUUAUUCUUAGUACCAGGCACUAUCUUCGCCACCAAAAGUUCUGUAUAGGACGCGUGAAAACCUUUCAAAUUUACAACUACUUUUGAAUCUCUUUUCAAAACCUAUCAUCGAACUAUUUGCGCGAGUUCUUGUCGGAUUUUCAGCUUUUAGAAAAAUGUCUGCCAGCCCAUCUCCUUCCGCCGGUGGCGAUAGCAAGUCAAAUGAACAGGUCCAUUUCCGUUUUUGUCGCGAAUGCUCGAACUUACUUUACCCGAAAGAAGACCGCGUCAACAACCGUUUGAUGUUUACGUGUCGAACCUGCCAUGUCGGCGAGCCCGCAAGCUCAUACUGCGUCUAUCAAAACAAGCUCAACAGUCAAGUCGGAGACACAGCUGGUGUGACUCAGGAUGUGGGAUCUGAUCCUACGGUUUGUCUCCCAGGUUUCUGUGCUCAUUGCGGGGAGGAGAUCACUUGUUUUUCUUGCGGCCAGCCCACUGAAGAUGAGUUGUCCGAAGAUGAUUAUGAGGGAUUCCCAAUGCUUUGAGAAAGGGCUCAAAUUUGUGUCAUGGAGAGAUUUCAAGUAAUCUUGCGAUUUCCCUGGCUAACAUGCUCUCUCUCGUUCUAGCUUCCCCGGUCGAACAAGCUCUGCC